AUGGGACGACACACAAAGAAAGGUGGUUACAUUCUCAUGGAAGAGAAGAUGCCAACCUACCUGGUUCCAGACCUCAGUAACUUCCAGCUCAAGCCUUAUGUCUCCCACACUGCACCCGAGAAACCACCUACAUCCGCUACGGGGGCUGCAGCAUCCGUAGCAUGUGCUGGGAAUUUCACCACCUUUCUUCCCUAUCUUCCCUUCCCCUCUGUUCCACCUCUUUUCCUCCCAACAGCUCAAGCCCUAUGUCUCCCACACUGCGCCUAA